GAACAAGAAGAACAAGCACACACUGACGAUAAUAGGAAUCAAAACGCGAACGGAAAAGCCAGCGGUGUCGCGGAACGGUGCAAAGUGGGGUCAAAUCAAAGCAGCCAAAGUCCUGCUUACGAAAGUAAACAACGGUGACGGGCCACUACUGCAGGUGGAGCAGCGUCCAGCAUCCAGAAUCCUCCUCUAUGUGUGGUUAAGUGUGUCGACUCCGAGUCUACUGUUGCCCCAGGCCCCAGCAGCCAAAGCAGGGUGGGAUGAGGGAAGAGCGGCCUUGUUUAUAGGCAGGUGCGCGUCUGUCCCAGCAGAAGAGAAGCAACAGAAGGAGCAGCCUCAACAUAAUUUAAACCUCGAAGAAAAGUGAAAAACCGAAAAACAGAAGGAGCAACGGGAAACGGGGAAACGAAAACGAGAAAACGAGAAAACGCUUCGAUAAUUCGGUUCGUUCGGGUCCAGGAGAGCGGUGGAGCGUGGAGAACGGUGCACAGAGAGCGAGUGCUGUGUAUGUGUAUCCGUGUCCGUGUCUGUGUGUGUGUGUGUGUGUGUGGCAGCAUCCUGGAAAAGCAGAAGAGCGGAAAAGCAGAGCAAAGCAAAAGCAACAUAAUCAAACAGAAAUAUAAAAACAGAGUUUUCCCCUAGACCCAACUCCUCUUCCAACCCUCCCCCGUCCUGCAAGAAGCCCCAACCAAAUCCCCAACCACAUACAGCGUGCUGUCAACAAUUUCCCAAUUGUCGUCGUCCUCGUCGCCAUUGCUGUCGGAGCAGUCACCAUCAGAACAAUCAUGGAAUGCCGCUGAGGCCGACUCCAGGAGAACCCAGAACCACAGCAGCAGCCCAGCUCCUCCUCGUCCUCCCACAGUGCACUCAAUGCCAGGCGGCACAGCACAGGGCUUCGUCACCCCACAGCAGGCUAUAGAAAUUGCUAUAGAUACAGCUAAAGAUACAUGUCCAGGCCCAUAUCCAUGUCCAGGCAGUGAUUAUCCCUCGCUGUGAGCCAGAGAGCCCCCCGAAAUUCCCAGUGACAAUUAAGUAGAAUCAACUGAUCCAGACUUAGUCCCCCGGCCCAGACCAAGUUCCAGAACCCAGCACUCGGAUUACCCACAGACUGCAGUCCAGUUCCAGCUUCAGUUUCAUCUUAGUUCCAGUCCCAGAAGAAAAAACGCAGCAAGAUGGCCACAGACUUUCUGUUCCCCAAAAUAGCGGAUUGCUCCUAUGUGUCCUGUUACUGCGAGGAGAACGUGUGGAAGCUCUGCGAGCAGGUGAAGCGGACGCGGCCCGAGGAGCUGGCCACUUGCUAUGCGGUGUUCGUGUCCAACGAGGGUCGCACGGUGCCGCUGUGGCGCCAGAAGGCCGGACGUGGCGACGAUCAAGUUGUGAUAUGGGACUACCAUGUAUUCUUCAUGCACAAUCCCUCGCCGAACCGCUGCCUGGUGUUCGAUCUGGACACCACGCUGCCCUUCCCCACAUACUUUCACAAGUACGUGACGGAGACAUUUCGCUCCGAUCUGGCCCUGCGACCGGAGCAUCACAGAUUCUUCAGGGUCAUACCCGCAGACACAUAUCUCAUUGAGUUCUCCUCGGACCGGCGGCACAUGCGACGGCCGGAUGGAAGCUGGAUCAAGCCGCCGCCCUCAUAUCCACCCAUUCUAUCAAACACAAAUAUGCACUGUCUAGGCGACUUCAUCUGCAUGAGCGCCGGCAAGGGCCCUGGAGCCGUCUACAGCCUCUCGGAGUUCGUGCACAACUUCUACAAGUCGCCAAAUAUGGUGGCGCAGAACAACAAGUAGAGAGGAGGAUCCACAGACACUGUCCAGACACUACACACAUCCGCAUCCAGGCCCGCGCACCCACGCACCCACGCACCCACCAUCCAAGAAUCCAUGUCCCUUCGGAUCAUGUCGAGAGAUCUUUUUGUCUUUGUGGUGCAGUUGCUUGCCAGAUAGACAGUUAAUUACCAAUUGCAUAUACAUAUAUACAUAUAAACAUACAUAUAUAUAUAUACAUGAAUAUAUUUAUGAUAAUGUAUUUUUGUAUUCAGGUUAACAGAAGAAGACACGUCAAGCCGCUCGCCGCGCUCCCGCUGUGCUCUUCAGAUCAUUUGUAUUGAAAUUCAAUUCUAAAGAAAUUAUAAAUCUAAUUAUACAUUUUUUAUUGUAUGUAUUGUAUUCGAUAAAACACUCUUAGAUAUAUAUCAUAUGUCGCGUAUAUCAUAUACUAUAUACAUACAUAUAUACUGAUACGAAUCGGAUCUAGCUAAGAGGGCAGGCCAAGAAAUGCGAUUUUUAUUCGUUACUCUCUCCAAAUACUUUUUGUAACCUUAAACUUAAAACCUAGAACCAACAAAAACCAAAAACCCAAACCUAUUCGAAGGGAAACGCACCAAUUACGAGUUAAACUACAACAUUUAUAAACCAUUUAUGGCAACAUACACUCAUACAUACACUAGUAAACGUAUCUACGAAGAUGUAUGUACAUAUACCGUACGGUAUGGAUGUACGGAUAUGGAUAUGGAUAUGGAUAUGGAUAGACUACGCUACGCUCUUGAUUCUGUAAUUCAAUUUUUGGCUAAGCUAAAAGCAACCUUAAGCUUAACAUUAUCUCUAACUCGAUCUCUAUAUCUAAAAAAAACUAAAACGUUGACUCGAAGCUAAAGCUAAAGCUAAAUCGAAAGGAAUAAUUAAAUUAAUGCUUGUUAACUUGUUUUACCGUAUUUAUUGUACACUAAUUACGUGCUCGUACAACAAUUAUAAUUGUAAUUCGAAUGUAUGUAUAUGCAUACAUUAUGUAUUUACUUUGUAUACAAGAAAACGUAACGAAACGAAACGAAAUCCGAAACGAAACGGAGCGAAACCGAAGAUAAUAUUGAUAAUAUGUAUGUUUGUAUUUAGCUAGUUUUUGUACGGUUUGUAUGCCCGAUGAUCCUCAGCAGAGUCCGCAUUAGCUUCCCCUCCCAUUACCAAUUACCAAUUACCAAUUACUAAUUCCCAAUUCCCAAUUCCCAACCAAAUCGGUCCCGCUUAGAGUUGAUUUCGAUACAUUUAUCGUAUCGUUUCCCCGUUCGAUUUACGACUUGUGACGCGCAAAGACUGAUUCAUUAUACGCUCUACGGUAGCAGCAGUCCCUCUCCCAGGAUACCCCCGCCCACUCCGGAUUAUUGUAGUCUUCUUCUUCUUUGGAUUGUUUUUGUCGCUAGACGCUCCGCUCCCCCUUAACAAUCAAGAUUAGUUAACGAAACUCGCAUUUAUUUUGGAUUCACUCGUUUACACUUGUUUGGAUUUGUAUAAAGAGGUUUUAACUCGAUUUGUAUGGGGAGUACCGCGUACACCUUAAUAUUAAUAAUCCAUAAAUGGGAAUGUAUAAUACAUUAAAGCUGUGCAAAAGUCUCAAAGUUAAACCUAAACUCUUAAAACAAAACAAAAACAAAAACAAAAACCAAAACACGAAUACGAAUCUUUUCUCAAUGUUAAACAUGUCGAGCAUCUCUACAUCUACAUAUGUAUGUAUAGAUAGAUGAGCAUAAACACACACAUCUCACACAUUUUACACAGUUUCAAGUUUAUCUUUCGAUCAUCGUUUAUCGCCAAGCAAUCGAUUGCAGAGCUCACUAUUCGUUGAUGUAAUAAUCAAUUAAAAACGAACACACACGCACAGAUCGAUGCUCGGUGUAACGGCCACAGUUUUUCUCUUCCAGUUUUUCUACUAAGAGCAAGCAUAUAACCAAUACGGUACGGGGCAUCUAGUCCCCUUACCACAUAACGUGCAGAUAUAUAAAUAUAAGGCUAAUCACUAAGUUUUGGCGCCACUCUGUGCGAGGUUCUGUGCGUCUUUUUACUCUUUUUUACAUAGCAUAUACAUAUGUACUCGUACCAUAUACAUAA